UUGCGGCGGCCCCGGCUCCCGAGAUGUUAGAGGCGCGCCGGGCGGCCGCGGAGCAGACUGCCGGGCUCCGAGCUCCGAGCUCCGCUCUCCCGCCAUGGCCCCCGCUCCGCCCCCCGCCGCCUCCUUCUCCCCCGCCGAGGUCCAGCGGCGCCUGGCGGCCGGCGCCUGCUGGGUCCGCCGCGGGGCCAGCCUCUACGACCUCACCGACUUCGUGCGGCACCAUCCGGGGGGCGAGCAGCUGCUGCGGGCGCGGGCUGGCCAGGACAUCAGUGCCGACCUGGAUGGGCCACCUCACAGACACUCGGACAACGCCCGCCGCUGGCUGGAGCAGUACUACGUGGGCGAACUGCGAGGGGACCCUCAGGACCCCAUGGAGAAUGGUGCUGUAGCCUCUGCAGAGACUCAGAAGAUAGACCCUGCUACUGAGCCACAGUUCAAAGUGGUGGACUGGGACAAGGACCUGGUGGACUGGCAGAAGCCUCUCCUGUGGCAGGUGGGCCACUUGGGAGAGAAGUAUGAUGAGUGGGUUCACCAGCCGGUGGCCAGGCCCAUUCGCCUCUUCCACUCUGACCUCAUCGAGGCUUUCUCCAAGACUGUCUGGUAUAGUGUCCCCAUCAUCUGGGUGCCCCUGGUGCUGUACCUCAGCUGGUCCUACUACCGAACCCUCAGCCAGGACAACACCCGGCUCUUCGCAUCAUUCACAACAGAUUACUCAGUGGCGGUGCCCAAGUCCAUGUUCCCAGGCCUCUUUGUGUUGGGCAUGCUCUUCUGGACCCUCACGGAGUAUGUCAUCCACCGUUUCCUGUUCCACAUGAAGCCCCCCAGCGACAGCCAUUACCUCAUCAUGCUGCACUUUGUUAUGCACGGCCAGCACCACAAGGCACCCUUUGAUGGCUCCCGCCUGGUCUUCCCCCCAGUGCCAGCUUCUCUAGUGAUUGCCUUCUUCUAUGUGUUCCUGAGGCUCAUCCUGCCGGAGGCCGUGGCAGGCAUCAUCUUUGCAGGGGGUCUCCUGGGCUAUGUCCUCUAUGACAUGACCCAUUACUAUCUGCACUUUGGCUCACCACACAAGGGCUCCUACCUGUACAACAUGAAGGCCCACCAUGUCAAGCAUCACUUUGAAUACCAGAAAUCAGGGUUUGGCAUCAGCACUAAAUUGUGGGAUUACUUUUUCCACACCCUCAUACCAGAGGAAUCCCACCCGAAGAUGCAGUGACAGCCCCUAGACCCUCUGUUCUGCCCUCGGUCUAGCCCUGGCCCCUGCACCCUGUCCUACCCCCGCCUCCAUCCAAACCCUGCUGGGAUCAGCUUGACCAGGCAGGAUGGGCUCUGUCUAGCCCUGGGGCUUGGUGGAGACCUUAAGGCAGGACUUCCCUUCUGGCUUACUGUGUGAGGAUAGCAUCCUCUUGAUAGCCAAGUGGCCCUUGGGGACUGGCUCAUUCUCAGAGAAUUAUGACCUCCUCAUUGGCAUCUCUGCCUAAGCUUCAGCCCUCAGUACUGAUUCAGGGUCCAGAUAAUGACCCCAAGGGGCAUGAAGGAAACUGACCCCACCUGUGCCUUAGAAUCCUGGGCUCCCUGGGAGCUUCCCCAUGCAGCAGAGGGGCCACUGUGCACACAGCAGAAGCUCUUUCUUGAGAGUUUGAUGGUUCAGAAGUGAAUGAAGGGCUAUCCCGAGAAGAGGCAGCGCGACGCCUCCCACAGGCCAUGCCCAGACCCCAGGACAGCCACUCUGGACCCUGCCAACCCCAGAUACCAGCUGUACCACCAGCUGCCUCAGUGGAAGUAAGCCGACAUUUAUCUACCUGGGCAGAAAGCCUGAGGGUGGCUGGCAUCUGGUGCAAGGCUAACAGGACCUCUAGCCCUUGUCUUUGGGAAUCAACAGCUGCUUUCUCCAUCUCCCCUCUGCCCCCAAACCACAAAACUGCUCCCCAAAGGAGGCUGGAGAGGUUUCUGCACGGGUGAGAGCCCGCCCUAGCCCUUGCCAUUCUUGGCCUCCACCUACACAGGUGGAUGCCUGCCCCAACUCAGGACCCUCCCAGCAGUGCCUCCUGAAGCCAAGAAUGGGCUUUCAUGUGGUGCCUUAUUGCCUUCCCCACCCUGAGACCGUUCUUCCUUGUAACCAGAGCCCUCACUGCUCCUGAAGUCUUAUUUAUAAAUUACAUAAAUAUUCUUAAUCUGACCUCAAAUGAAGUAGCUGGUCAGAUGGCCCUUUCUAAUCCUAUGUGUUGAGCUUAUAUAUAUAUAUAUAUAUAUAUAUAUAUAUAU